AUAUACUCCACUCUUUGAGACUCCUUCCCAUUCUUCCCUAGGUUCAUCUAGUCUUUAAAAACUACAACAAGAACUUUGAUUUGUAGCAAAAUCAUGGCAUCAACCUAUCAAUCAAAGCUCUUUCGAGUUGUGACACUUUUCUGCUUAAUUAUUUGUGUAUUUACAUCAAGCCCUCCUUUAACGUUAGACUACUACACGUCUUCGUGUCCUCGUUUACUUAGCAUUGUGCGUAAAGAAAUGGAAUGCGCGGUUGUUUCCGAUCCUCGUAACGCAGCUACUAUUGUACGUUUACAUAUGCACGAUUGCUUUGUUCAGGGAUGUGAUGCAUCAGUGUUAUUAGAUGAUACCGUGACACUAAAAGGAGAAAAGAAAACAUCACAAAAUAAGCAAUCUUUAAGAGGGUUUAAAAUCAUGGAUAGGAUUAAGGUGAUGGUGGAGUCUGAAUGUCCUGGAGUUGUUUCGUGUGCUGAUAUUCUUACUCUUGCUGCAAGAGACGCUGUUAUUUUGGUUGGAGGUCCGUAUUGGGAUGUUCCUCUAGGAAGAAAGGAUGCUCGAACGACUAACCAUGAGCUAGCUGAUGCUAACAUUCCGGGCGCUAACGAAGGCCUACUUUCCCUUAUAGCCAAGUUUGCUUAUCAGGGGCUCUCUGUCACUGAUUUGGUAGCCCUCUCAGGUGCACAUACAAUCGGGAUGGCACGAUGUGAGAACUUUAAGGCGAGAAUAUACGGAGACUUCAAAUCGACAUCCGGAAAUGAUCUAAUCUCAGAGACACACCUAAACAACCUAAGAUCAAUUUGUCCAGCAAUUGGGGGUAACAACAAUGUAUCAGCAUUAGAUUAUGAAACUCCUAAUCUUUUUGACAAUUCCUACUACCAAAUUCUGCUUAAAGGUGAAGGGCUCUUAAACUCGGAUCAAGAACUUUAUUCUAGUGUAUUUGGGGUUGAAACUAGGCACCUUGUGCAAAAAUAUGCAGAAGAUCCCUUGGAAUUUUUCAAGCAAUUUGCUGAAUCAAUGGUCAAAAUGGGGAAUAUUACAAAUGAUGAUAGUUUUGUCAAUGGGGAAGUUAGGAAUAAUUGUAGAUUUGUCAAUUCAUUGAGCCAUAUUGAAUAAUGGGGUUAUUUUAUGUUUAGCAAAUUCAAAAGUGUUUGAUGUUAGGUUGAAUAUAUCAUUGUCUUCCUCUACUCUUCUACUUUUGUUGAAUACUCCACCCAUUCUAUUAAAUUUGCCCCAAUAUUUAUUUUCGUUUGUUAUAUUAAAUUUUUAUUUUUAAUUAUAAUUCAAAGAUUAUGUUGCACUUUUCAAGCUUAUAUUGGUUGGUUUGAUCAUGUUAUAAUAAUGUGUAAACAACAA